AUGGCGGUUCGACAAUAUGGCGAUUGCAAGCAGCUGCAGCAACAGUUGCAAAUGCAACAACAAUUGCAACAAGAAAUGUUGCAAUUGCAACAGCAGCAGCAGCAGAAGCAACAGCAGCACCAACAACAGCAACAGCAGCAACAGGAGCAGAACAAUUUUACUAUGUCUCAACAAUACAGUGUGGAGGAAUUUCUUGAAUACACAAAUCAAGAUAUUCCAGAUGAAUUGACGCUUCGAAAACAUUAUUUGGAUGAGUGCUACAAUUUAGCCAUUGAAAAUAUUCAAAACAAUAUUGGUGACAAUAAUAUAUGGAUAUCUGUGGAUGAAACAACAGAUGCGACUGGCCAAUAUAUUGCAAAUUUAAUUGUAGGCAAGCUUUGCGAAAAUGAAAAGACACAACCUCAUUUGUUAGUUUCUCAGCAAUUAUCGAAAACAAAUCAUGCAAGUAUUGCACGCUUUGUAAAUUCCGUCAAGGACACUAUGGCCAAAUAUAAGUGA